GGGUCCCUCGCGUGGUCCGCGGAGGCUGCGCCAGGUGGGGCCCGGAGCCGCCUCCUCGCCACCCGGCCCCGCGGCCCCGGCCUGCCUUCCUUCCGCCCGCCGCCGGCCCGCCUUCGGAGUUGACAGCCGAGCCGCAAUGAAGAGCUUCUUACAGUGAAAGCAAAGUAGGUCGCGCCCACUGAAAAUGCCUUUAAGGGACAAAUACUGUCAGACUGACCACCAUCAUCACGGAUGCUGUGAACCAGUUUAUAUCCUGGAACCUGGAGAUCCUCCUUUAUUACAGCAACCACUACAGACAUCGAAAUCUGGCAUUCAGCAAAUAAUUGAGUGCUUUCGAUCAGGAACUAAACAACUUAAACAUAUUUUAUUAAAAGAUGUGGACACUAUUUUUGAGUGUAAAUUAUGUCGCAGUCUCUUCAGAGGAUUACCAAAUUUAAUUACCCAUAAAAAAUUCUACUGCCCACCAAGUCUCCAGAUGGAUGACAACCUUCCUGAUGUAAAUGAUAAACAAAGCCAAGCCAUAAGCGAUCUCCUAGAAGCCAUAUAUCCAAGUGUGGACAAGCGAGAAUAUAUUAUUAAGCUAGAACCCAUAGAAACUAAUCAAAAUGCAGUGUUUCAGUAUAUCUCAAGGACUGAUAAUCCUACUGAAGUCACAGAGUCAAGCAGCACUCCUGAGCAAACGGACGUUCAAAUGCAGGAAACUAGCGCUGAACAGUCUAAAGGAGUACCAGUUCCGGAUGCAGAGGUGGACACCAUAGAGCCACCUCCUGUUGAGAUUGUUACAGAUGAAGUUGUACCUCCACCUGACGAACAACCUCAGGAAUCACAGGCUGACUUGGAAACUUCUGACAGUUCUGAUUUUGGUCACCAGUUGAUAUGUUGUCUUUGUAGAAAAGAAUUCAAUUCCAGACGAGGUGUUCGUCGUCAUAUUCGAAAAGUACACAAGAAAAAGAUGGAAGAACUAAAAAAGUACAUUGAAACACGAAAGAAUCCAAACCAGUCCUCUAAAGGACGCAGUACUGUUCUAGUUCCAUUAAGUAGGAGUUGUCCAGUAUGCUGUAAAUCAUUUGCUACAAAAGCGAAUGUAAGGAGGCAUUUUGAUGAAGUUCAUAGAGGACUGAGGAGGGAUUCAAUUACUCCUGAUAUAGCAACAAAGCCUGGGCAACCUUUGUUCCUGGAUUCUGUUUCUCCUAAAAAAUCUUUUAAGACUCGAAAACAAAAGUCGUCUUCAAAGGCUGAAUACAAUUUAACUGCAUGCAAAUGCCUCCUUUGCAAGAGGAAAUAUAGUUCACAAAUAAUGCUUAAAAGACAUAUGCAAAUUGUACACAAGAUAACUCUUUCUGGAACAAACUCUAAAAGAGAGAAAGGCCCUAAUAAUACUGCCAGCAGUACAGAAAUAAAAGUUAAAGUUGAACCAGCAGAUUCUGUAGAAUCUUCACCCCCUUCCAUUACCCAUUCUCCACAGAAUGAAUUAAAGGGAACAAAUCAUUCAAAUGAAAAAAAGAACACACCGGCAGCACAGAAAAAUAAAGUUAAACAAGACUCUGAAAGCCCUAAAUCAACUAGUCCGUCUGCUGCAGGUGGCCAGCAAAAAACCAGAAAACCAAAACUUUCAGCUGGCUUUGACUUUAAGCAACUUUACUGUAAACUUUGUAAACGUCAGUUUACUUCCAAACAGAACUUGACUAAACACAUCGAAUUGCACACAGAUGGAAAUAACAUUUAUGUUAAAUUCUACAAGUGUCCUCUUUGCACUUACGAAACUCGUCGGAAGCGUGAUGUGAUACGACAUAUAACUGUGGUUCAUAAAAAGUCUUCCCGCUACCUUGGGAAAAUAACAGCCAGUUUAGAGAUCAGAGCUAUAAAAAAGCCCAUUGAUUUUGUUCUAAAUAAAGUGGCAAAAAGAGGCCCUUCGAGGGACGAAGCAAAACAUAGUGAUUCAAAACAUGAUGGCACUUCUAACUCUCCUAGUAAAAAGUAUGAAGUAGCUGACGUUGGUAUUGAAGUCAAAGUCACAAAAAACUUUUCUCUUCACAGAUGCAAUAAAUGUGGAAAGGCAUUUGCCAAAAAGACUUACCUUGAACAUCAUAAGAAAACUCAUAAGGCAAAUGCUUCCAAUUCACCCGAAGGAAACAAAACCAAAGGCCGAAGUACAAGAUCUAAGGCUCUUGUCUGAUAACUUCAAGUGAUGUACGAAAAGGUUUGGAGUUCAUUUUUGUGGAAAGACUUUAAAUUGGUGUUAGAACCACUAAACGUCUUCAAAUGGUACUAUGAGGAAAAAAGAGAAAACCAUUUUCAUAAAUAUUCAACUGUAACUGCUGUUUUUGACUAAAUAACCAUCUGACCACUUGUCUCUCAGGCCCUCUCUGCCUCUUCCAGCAUUUUCAAGUAGCUGUGACAUUACAUACCAUCAUCACAGUCCAUCAGCUAACUACCCUUGACCUUGUGCAUUUGGCCUACCGUUUCUAACAAAAAUACUUAAAAGCUUGUUGUCCAAACAGUUUGUUGAGUAAAGUAAUCAACAACCUGAAGAAAAUAUCACCACUGGUGGUUUUUAAUUGACAUAGACUUUCUAUCAUAAGGAUUUUAGCUUUGUUCCACUUUAUUUGGCAAAAUUUUCAUCUGGAUUGUACAGAUAUAUAUAUUUUCUAGUUAGUAUAUGACGAACAAAAGGCAAAUUAGUCUCAACACAUUAUGAAUAUUUAGCUUACUAAAUAUUUGUAAUUAUUUUCACAUCAAUUUAUUCCUAACUUAUUCUCCAGCACUUAAGCGUUUGAAAGUUUCAUUCUAGAAAAGAUACAAGAAAGUUCCAGUUCAUUUUCAUGCGUGGAUCAUUACAUUUUUCAUUUGUUAACAUCUGAGCUUUUUGUGAAAAUUAAGCAUUCCCCUAUUUUUCUUUAAAUUUUAUACACAAGCACUUUAAUGAUAGAUGCAACUUAAUUUUUCCAGUUUCUUUCUUUUUUUUUUUUAAAGACCACACAUUUACUAAUGUUAAUAUGAAGGUAAUAAAUAACUUACUUAUGUUUUAUAGAUGCAGACAAUCCAUGCACAACCACUUCUUAUAAUACUAGUUUAUUUCCUUAAAUAUUGCUAAAAAAAGAUGGGGUAGAAACCCUGAUUUUUUUUUUUUUCUCCCAAGAAAAAUCUUAAAUGACCACUUUAAUAUUUGAUUCCUACUGUAAAACUUGGAGAAUAAUGAAUUCUUGUCCAUUUUUAUAAUCAAGAUUUUAGGAAAAACAGAAGUCCAUCUAUCUUUAUGAAAUUUUGGGCAGGUUUUUGUGUGUUAAUAUUUUGUACUUUUUAGGGAAUAUUUUAUUUUUUAGUAAUUUGUGUCAAAUUAUAAUUUUAAAAGGUACAGCAGAAAAUAUAGCAUGUUUUUAUAUAGGUUCAUUCCUGUAUUUAGGAGGGACUCUGUCCAUCUUAUAUACUUUUUGUAUAAAAUUUUUAAAUGUUGAAGAUCCACAAGGUCAUAAUAAAAUGCUUUUAUAGCUAGAAAAACAUUUACCCUUCCUAGUGCUUUGCACUAAAAUAUACUGUGAAAGGAAACUAGAAGGACUGUAACUUAACUGUUGCUGGAAAUGUUCUCUAUUGAAUGUACAUGCUCUUGUUGGAAAAAUGUGCUAUAUGUGAUGGAAAUAAACCAGACUCGAAGUUAUUUCAGCUAAAUGUGCUUCCACAAAGGUGCAUUGGUUGAAACUUAAAUGUUUUAUUGUCAAAUUUAAACUUAUUCAGUGACUCUGAGCAGCUACACUUGAAUUAUAUUCUGAUAGUUUUAUUUUUAAGAAUUAGAGUAAUAAUUUCUCUUUAAUUUAAAAGCAGAUUUACUUUUCCACAUAUGGAAAACUUGUACUUAUAGGUCUAACUUUAAUGAUGAAUAGCGUAAUAUAUUUAGGGAAGUAAAUGUGUAGGUGGUAUUCCAUUUAUAAACCAUCUUCAUCAGUUGCACAUUAUUAAACCUGUAUGUUUGACUUUUGCAAGGUGUUAUCUUUUAUGCAUUCCUACACACAGACAUAUUCCAGAGAAAUUUUCCAGGUUAAGUACCUAUAACCAGUGAAAAGGUAGUAUUCCUUAGAUGUUUGGGGGAGCUCUUCGCUUCAUCCUCUCUGUAUGUCAACCUUUUCCUCUCUGCUUUACUUGUUAAAUAUUGUGGGAAAGAAAGAAAACUGGUCUGCUAAUGGAGGAGGGGAGCCCAGUUGCUGGAAUUCCCUUAUUCCCCUCAUCUUUUUCCACAGGGCUGUUCAAAGCGUAUCUCCCCUGUAAUAACUCUAGGGCCCCACAGAUCUGGAAUUUAGAGGGAGGAAAUGAGCGUUCCAGAGACUGUCAAAAGAUUUCAUCUGGGUCAUAUAGAAAAAAAUAGCACUUUGUCAGGACUUGCCUAAAUUAGAAGUAGUUAUAGAAGUUAGGAAUAUUUUUUCGUAAUAGCCAGAUUAAUGGAUCACGGCAGACAAGAGUUAGAGGCAGUGGCAUUACACUGGGACUAGUUUAGGAAGGUAAACAAGUGAUUAUUUGUUCUGCCUGUUCCUUUCUGGUCUUCAUCCUUACUUUUUGGUUUUAUUUUGGCUCUUGAGCACUGUCAGUCAUCUCAAAGGCUCAGGUUUGAGGCCUGAGAAAUUUGUGCCAGCAGGUUUUCUGCGCGUAGGCUAGGUAAGCAAAUGUUUAUAUGCCUUUUUGUUGUUGUUGUAAGGAGGGGUAGUUAAUCACAUAAAGAGCCAUCGCAAGUUGUUUAUUUGUAUUAAGGCCUAUUUGUGGUUAUAAAUUAUAUCCACCCUUACUGCGGUUUGGUCUAGUGAGAAUUUUCUUUAUGGAAUUCACCUUAAUCUAAUAGACUCUCCACUCUUAAAUGUGAUGAAAGAGGAGAAACAACAGGUAUAGCUUGCACUUCAUAAGUUUAGAUAGUAUAAGUGAGAACUGGGUGAGAUACGGCUGACAUUGGAUAGGUGUUCAUUAGAACACACCAAGUGCUUGAAUACCCAACAACUACUUUUUUGGUUCAUAACCUCUUUUUUCCUCUUCACUCCUGGCUUUAAAAAAGAAAAUCUUUGAAGAAUGUGCAGAUUACAAAUCCUUAAUAUUUAGCCUGGUUUUGUAUAGAUGAGCAAAUUUUUUAGUUGACAGAUUGCUUUUAUUGUUGAAAAUACCUCCUCAUUUUUAGGAAAAUGUGUUUGUUAUACUGCUUUCUGGUUAAUAGGCUGUUCUACUCAGUUUGCUUUAAAGACCCUGUGGAGGCGUAGUGGGGAGCUUUGUGGUUUUACUAUGACUUUAGGCUUGGAUAAAAAGAGGCAUUACCCCAUAGGUAUUAGGGCAUGUAGGUAUGGCGAUAGUCACAGUAGAUACCAAUUCCCGUUGUGAAGUUGCAAAAGGUCUUUUCAGAGAGCAUGGCCAUUGAAAAUGAUAGAGACAUGCUUUUAAAAAUUUACAGAUUUGGCCUCCAGGUUUCCUCUGGCACAAGGCCUUAGUUUGAUUUGUGUAAGUUACUUUUCUAAUGGAACCCAUAUUCUAAAAGGAUUAUGGUUUAGCCGUGACUCUUAUAGUUGAUCUGAAGCCUAGUUCUCACGUAUGUCAAGUAUGAUGUUGGCUGCAGUGUUAGAAUACUGUACUCUGCUAGUUUUCUCCCUCUCUGAAGGAAACCUUAGGAUUGAAAGGAGUAAGGAUUUGCAAUGUUAGUUGUUUCCUGAACUAUUAGGCACAUGGUAGAAUGCAGGAUAAAACAAAUUUCCAUUAACUUUUGGCCUUCCUAAUUUUCUGAAUUCAUUUUUCCUCUCUUUUAUAGUUUGUUUCUGCACCCGUUUCUUCUGACUUCUGAGCUUCCAGCUCUUAUCUUACCCUGUUUUCUCUUCUGGUUAAUUAAUAGAGAUCAUUAGCACCAAGAUAACUAAAAACUUGUUUUAGGAGGAGAGCGAGAGGGUAGAAAAUGGCUAAUUUCCUCCUGAACCUUUAUUGCUGCGUGCUGGAUUUGGCAGGUUUAUUACUCGAGCGUCCUUUUCUACAUGUUGCCAUCACUACCACACAACAAGGAGAGGGGAACUUAAUAAAAGACCUUAGGUGCAUCUCGUGGGGCAAUGCCCAGAGUUGGAGUUUUGCUGUUUGUGCGCACUUAGCAGAAUUAAUUUGCUUGGUUGUAUAUUUUUGAGGUCAGGGACUGUGUCUUGAUAAUUUUGUAUAGUGCCUAGCACUCCUUGAUGUAUACACAGGCACUUUAAAUAAAUGUUUGAUAAUGACACUAAAGCAAGUAGUGGCCUUUUCCAUCUCAGAAUUGUGCUGUCACAUACUUUGAGACAUUGGGUCUUUAUUUCAUUGAUACUGACAGAUUUCACUUAUUUUAGGAAAUGCUACCAGUACCAGGAUGAAAGUUUGUGAAAUAAAGAGGAUUCUUAGUAACAGCUAAUAAUAACGAACAUUUGUGGUGUGCUUUUUGUAUGCCAAGCCCUCUGCUAACUUUUACAUGCAUUAUGCCCCUACUCUUACCAGCAAUCUUCUGAAGGAAGAACUGUUACUUAUCUCUAUCGUGUAGAAGAGAAAAUUGAAGUGAAAGAAGUUCAGUGAUUUACUCAAAUUUACGCAGCUAGUCAGUUACAGAACUGAGACUUGACACUAGGUCUGACUCCAAAGCCUGUGCCCUUAAUUAGUACAACCUUCUCUUUUACCGUUUGCAAAGCGUGUUCGUGGCAUUACCCUAUUGGUAGCUUAGUGUAACGAUCUGGGACUAGAUUAGUUAGUGAGCAUUUUUGGAUUCACAAAUUACUUCCUGUGUGAUCUUGGACAAGUUACUUAAACAUUCUGUACCUUAGUACUUUUAUCUAUUAAAUGGGAUAUUUUGAACCUCAGAGGGUUGUUUGGAGAAUAAAAUGAAAAACUACGCGUAAAGCCCUUAGAACAGUGCCUGGCAUGUGAUGGUAAAUGUUAAAUAUCCUUACUGUAAGUGAUUGUGCAUAGCAUAUUCAAACGUGGAACUGUAUUACCUACUAAAGUUUAGAUGGAAAUUUGUACAUUAAAAUAGAGAACUUUAUUGUUACACAUCAGAUUUUAACUGCUGCUUUUGCAGUUAAUUGGGACAAUGAAGACAACUAUAUGGUUAUGUGCUACCAGUUCUCUUCUAAUCCAGUAUUAGUAGUUCAUCAUUCCUAACUCACACUUUUCAUUUAUCUUGAAAAAGGCGUUAGGUGGCACAUUCAUUAUAAGUUAGGCUUUGUUUUAAUGGUUACUUACUAAAAACAGUGGAUAGGAGCCCUGGUAGCACAGUAGUUAAGCACUUGGCUGCUAACCGAAAGUCAGUGGUUCAAACCCACCAGCUGCUCUGUGGAAGAAAGAUGUGGCAUGGCAGUGGGUUUUGGGUUCUUUGCCAGAACGACCCCUCUGUAUCAAAAUUCAUAUUGCUAUUUGUCCUGCUGUAACACAAAUAUUCUGUUACUUUUGGUCAUGUGUAAAGUAUCUUCAUGGGACAAAUGUUAUUUGAGUAAUAUUGCUGAAAUAUUUCUAUAAAACAAAAGUAGACAUGCAGCACUAUUGAAAAGAAAGCAUUCAGUUACGAAAAGAAUGAAUUCUUCAGGAACACGAUUUAGGCAGAGUCGGGAGUUUCUUUGGUGAACGUGUUAUGAAGAGAUAAGAAAAAACAGCACUCAUCACAAGUCGUGCCAGUGGUUUUCAUUAGUGGCAGUACUCCAGAUUUCAGCCGGGCCCACAUGUGUUAGAUUAUCUGCCAGGGGAGCUUACCCACACACCGGGCUGUUCGUGAUCUUGCUUUAUAACGAUAGGGUGAUGAUUUUUAUUAACGAUAGGGUGAUUUUGGAAAUUUUUGUGUUUAGGGACUGGUAUAAAUUGCAGCACCAUAGAAUCCUUGCGUCUGGGUUUGGAUAUCCUGGACUUCAGAGCUAGUGCUGAGGUCUCUACCUUGGUUGUGCGGUGUCUUCAUGGUCCUGAUACUCAGUUGCUUGUGUCAGGCGUGUGGAGCACAUUCCUGGCAUACAAAACAUUUUACUGUUUAAGCAAUAGAAUGAUGCAGUUAAAAAAAAAAAAAAAACCAAAGUAACACACACAGACCUACUUUGGAUGCUUGAGUAGCAAGAAUUUGCCAUCUACCUGGGUGUCCUGCUCGAUAUAAUCUCCUAACACUUUCAGUACAGGAGCAUGUAAUAAUGUUACAUUCAGAUGAGAAAUUAUUACACCAAAAUGAACCCUGAGCGCAUAGAACUUUCAUUACAACUCAGGUGUUGAAUAUUGGUUUUAAUCCCUUCUAUCUAUGGGAUUAUUUGGGAAAUAAACUCUCAGAAAUGGAACUGUGGCCUUAAAAAAAAAAAAAAAAAUUAAGUCAGGCUUUAUUUCUCAGCUGUGCAGAAGUAUUUUUUUUUUAAAAAAGGUAAGAUCUUUCUUGGGUAGAUAGGUGCUUUGGUAGACCAGAAUCCAAAAAUGGCUGCCAGUUAUGAUUGGUAACUUUUAUUUUGGAUGAGAAGAAAAAGCAAGGGGUAUGUUUCUUUUAGAAAAAAAUAGUGAAGCACUAGGAACACAAUGUGUGUAGUGGUUGGAUUACAUGGGAAAAAAAUCAACUUUGAGGGAUAAGGAUUUUUAUGUAGUUUCGUUCAAUGUUUGACAUCUAAGUUGUUAGAGAGAAAGGUAAUAGUUUUAUAUAAGCUUCUAUAGGAGAGCAGCCACGUCAUUUUCAUGCUCUUUGCUCAUCGGAUAUUUAUUGAGUUCCUUGGAAUGCAGUGUACUGGGCUAUUUGUAGAUGUUUGGAGAAUUUCUGAGCUGCAUUCUCCUUUCCUUUGUAUGGGCAGGCUUGGUGGUGAUAAAAUAUAAGUCAGUGGAACUCUCAUAAAGAUAGACAACUCAGUGAAAUUUAUAAGUAUUUUUCAAGAUUUAGAUCCUCAAGUUAUACUAUCUCAGAACAUUUUCAUAAUUUACCAACUUGCCAGUUCUUUCCCGGCCAUCUUUAUUGCUGUUGCUUCUUGUGAUUCUAAGAACAAAAUCACUUAUAUGCCAGCGAAUUCAGAUGCAAACAGUUUUACACAGAAGAGGAAGAAACUUUUACAGGAGAUGGUUUUGCUUUCUGUAACUGCCUUGGGUCUCUUUGUCAUCUCUAAGCGCACAGUUGUAAGGAUACCGGAGUUGUUCAUUUUUAAGGUUUAGGAUUCUACUCUGAAGGCAUUUCUCUAGAACACUUAAUUACCCAACCCACUGCCGUCGAGUCGAUUCCGACUCAUAGCGACCCUAUAGGACAGAGUAGAACUGCCCCCAAACAGAGCUUCCAAGGAGCACUGGGCGGAUUUGAACUGCCAACCUCUUGGUUAGCAGCUGUAGCACUUAACCACUACGCAACCAGGGUUUCCAGAACAAUUAGGGUGAAGUAAUAUGUUGUCUUUGAAGAACAUGCUACAAGGUGGAAAUAAGACCCACAAUGCUUGGAUUGCCAGUCACUACAGGCUUGCCAUGUCAACUAAUUGCAUAUGCACCCAUGUGUAUAAAUAUUUUGCAAGGCUUAUUUUGUUGCAAGCAGAGUUGUACUUGGUCAUUAGUGAGAGGAGGUUUAUUAUAAGGCUGUAUGUGGGGGAAUAAGGGACAUAGAAAUGGCCAAGUCUCUGAGAAUCCUGGUGUGAUUGUUCAACCCGGCUUCACCAUACAGAUUUCAACUAGAUGUCAUGGAAACUGGGAAAAAGGGAACAAAAAUCAAUGCGAUUCUAAGGACUGCUCUUAGCAGCUGGAGUACUGCUUCUCUGCUGCUGUUGGCCCUUCUCGGGUUUUGUUUUCACCUUUUUUUUUUUUUUAAACCAGUUGCCACAUGCUGUAUCUUCUCCCUAUGGCUGUAAUUGCCUCAUUGCUUUUACUGCCUGCUUCUCUGUGUCUUUCAGCUACUUUCCCUUCCCGUAUAGCUUGAGUUCAGACUCUGUAAGAGAAGGUCUGAUUGGGUCAGUUAGGUACAUUCCCUUUUGGUCAUGGGUAAUCAUGGUGGCAGAGUCCAGUGGCAUAAAACAUGAUCCUGGACUCAACAGAAAAAAACCUUUUGAUGGGGAUCUUUUAAGAAGGGUGAGGAGCCCUGGUAGUGUAGUGGUUAAGUGCUCAGCAGGUAACAAUGUUUGGCAGUUUGAACCCCCCAGCCGCUCUGCAGGACAAAGAUGUGGCAGUUUGCUUCCAUAAAGAUUAUAGCCUUGAAAACCCUGUGGGGGCAGUUCUAAUCUGUUCUUUAGGGUCACUAUAGUUGGAAUCGACUCAACGGCAAUAGGCUAUGAAGCCCUAGAAUGUAAUAAUCUUUUCAGUAACACAUUUGUCUUCAUUUUUAAAGAUGAUAAAAUUGAAGGCAACCUAGACGGUUAGCAGGCUAGACUGUUAAUGCAGAAGCAAUAUUCCUUUCUGUACUGAGAAAAAGUGAGAAAUAAUGUUUCGUGAUCAGCAUCUGUGGUUCCUUUUCAAAAUUGCCUGGCAUCAUUUUCAUCUUUGGCUUUUUGUAGAUUCUUAGCCUGAAGUUUUCCCUCAGAAAGAGCCAUUCCAUUUCCUGCAGCAGCACCUUAGACCAUUCUGUCAGGUGCUGCUAUUUCCAGACACCCAGAAUUACGCUGCACAGUUUGAGAUGGUGAUUUAGCGCAUCCUUGAAGUAUUGCUCCUGCUUUUCUCCUUGGGCUUUCCAUGUUUGGGCUUACUUUGCGGCAGUGCCUGAGAUCCUGUCAUUGACUCCUUCGGCGACAGGCACUUCAGUGUCCAUCACGUGCUUGGCACCAUCGCAUUCUUAAGGGGAAGCAGAGUCACACAGCAGUUAAAGCAGGGAAUUUUAAGUUACGCAGACCUGGAUUCAAGUUCUGCCUCCUUUAUUUAUUAAAUACGUGGUUUGGGGAACUUAAUCUUUCUAAGAUUCAGUUUUCUUGUCUGUAAAUUGAUAUUAGAAACUACCUAAUAGGUUGUGGGAAUUUUUAAAGAUUUAAUGAUAUAUUGUAUGUAAUAUACUUAGCACAAUGUCUGGCUCAAGCAAGAGCUUAACGAGUGUUUAUUACUACUGUUGUAGUGAUCAUUAAAGUUGGUUAUCAUUUUGCUGCUGAAGUACUUUCUUGAAAGCGCUUAGUUUCUGGUUAUCUUGCUUUGCCAUUUGAUGUCUGUUGCCUUUUUGUUGGCAUUAAUACAGCCGUUGAAUGGAAAGUCAGAUGGAACAUCUGUGAUAAAGCCAUGGUGCACACCAAUUUAUUAAGUUCGAGCAUAUCAUUACUCUAUGGGCCUUUAAUCUAUGCUGGAGUUUGAUGCCAUUUUUGACAGCAUCUUUUGCUCCUUGUUUAAGAAUUUGUUGAUGGAGUUUUUUGAUGUAAUUUUUGCUAAUUUGUGAUUACUGUUUUAUUGAACAGUAUAUCAUUUUGAGUAGUGAAAUUCAGAUUUCAGUGUUUUUGUUGUUGUAAGCGUUAGGCUGUGGGUACAUGGACACGUUCUGAGCACCUUACGAGCUUGAAUUCUGUCUUCUUUUUGUAUCAGCAAUGCUUUGCAGUGUACCUAGCACGUAACAGGUGCUAAGAGAGUGUUGAAGGAAAGAAGGCAGGAACAUGACAUCAGUUAGCUUCAGCUUCACUAGCCCGUAAUCUGUCUUUGCUUGCAUUUCUUUUUCUGUUACCUUAUCUUCUAAUCUGUAUAGCUUCGCUAUCUGUGAGCUCCUCCUGGUUUCUUUUGACUCAUGGCUUCUCUUUCCUGUCUGCCUCAUGUGAUGCUCCUGGUUUCUGCCAUUGCUGCCAGGUAAUGGCGAUAAAUGCAAACUCAUGGGAGUGCUGUGUUGAUGGUAUACCCUGAAAAGUACCUCAUAAUCAAUCACACACUGUGUGGGUGUGCAGUGAGUGAUUUUUGAAUGAUUCUUUCUAAGAUUAAAAAAAAAAAAAACUUACUGUGAAACACAGCUCACGUUACACUUCAUGUUCUAUUCGCAGAUCCCAACAAAGCAAGCAUGCAGUCGUCGAUUGCCUCCUGUCAUUUGUGUAAUUGUAAGAAUUGGAAUUGGUUAUUACUUCGUUUAUCCCAUUCCCACAUUGCCUGCUUCAAACCUUUCGUCUCGUCCUCAAGCCUCCAACCCCAUUUUUUUUUUUUUCUUGGUAAGAGAUAACCUUGUCUAUGUCAUGGCAAAGGUAGAGGAUAUUUCUUCACGCUUCCCUUGCACAUCAGGAUUAUUUUUUGUCUUUUGUUCCUUUUUUGGUUCUUUGGAGGAAGAGGUAUCCUUCUUUUCCAAGUCUAAGACUUCCUCCCUUGCCUGUCUGCUUCUCUGGACUUUGCUCAAACAACCAGUCCUACCACCACAUCUAAAGUCUCCCCUUUGCACUCUCUCUCUCCCCCUCAGGCUCGAAACACUUUCAGAUCCCUUUCAGCCAAAAACAAACUUCCCCUCCAUAUUACCUCCAGUCUAGUUUCUGCCGUCUAUUGCUCCUUUUACUGCUAAACUUCCACACAGUUCUCAUACUCUGCAUUGUAACAGUCCAGUUACUUGUCUUCUCCAUUGGACUGUAUGCUCUUCGGAGAUCUGUAUCUUGAUCACCACUUAUUUCCCAGGACCUAGAGCCUGACACCUAAUAGACGUUCAGUAUUUGUUGAAUGAAUGAAUGGACAAUAUAGAGCCACUGCCUGCACUUUCCCCCUCCCAUUCACUCCUGAACCAUCUGCAAUUCUUUUUUUUUCCUGCCCCUACAUUUCUACUAAAAGCUUAAAGGUCAUUAAUGACCACAUAAAUGCUAAAUCUAGUGGCUUCUCACUUUUUAUCACACUUUGACCUCUCUGCAACCAUGAAUGUUUAUAAAUUUAGCAUUCCCAGGGGUUCAUGGUAACUUAGGUAUAACUUAGUUACCUUGGGCCAGUCUGAGCAUAGUAUUGCGUCUGGAAGAAAUAGACAAACACAGAAGAAGGUACAAUAGUCCUCUUUACUGAAAUCCUCUAAGAAGGUGGAAAUGUGGAGUUAUUAAAGCUCAGCAAACUUUUAUUAGUCUUCUUUAUCAAUCUCUCUUCCCAAAUCCUUAUACAGCUUGGCAGCUCUCCCUCCCUAAUCUUCUGUCUGUAGCACUUCCCCAAAAGCCUUCUGUAAUCUUUCUUCCCCAAACCUUGUGCCCCCUUUUCCCAUCUUCUGGAUCUCUUAUUUUCUUCCAAGGAUAACUGCCUUUUCUAAAUCGAAAGGUCCUGAAGGGUACAGAUAGUUUGUGCUGACUGUUAAACUAAUGGUUGGCAGUUCAAACACAUCCAACAGCACUGUGGAAGAAAAGCCUGGCGAUCUGCUUCUGUAAAAGUUACAGCCAAGAAAACCCUCUGGAGCAGCUCUACUAUGUGACACAUGGGUUGCCAUGAAUUGAAAUCGAAUUGGUGGCAGUGUUUCCAGUUUGAAUCACUUUAACCUCUCUUGGCUUCUUCUAGUCUUUUCUUUACCAAUUACCCUGCUCAGCAUUCUAAACAUGCAGGAAUAUUCUCUUGAUUUUUAUCUGGUUUGCCGUUACCAACUGUCUUUGCCGGAUUUUACUUAAGCUUAAAGCUUCAGAUCAGACAUUGCUUCUUCCAGUGAGCGUUACCUGACCUCCUAGGUUGGACUGGGUUUCCCCCAUUGAUGAAGUGCCCCAUCAGUAGCUGUAUUGAAAUUAGUAUUUGUGUCUCUGGUAGGCUGUACAUGUCCUAAAGGUAGAAAUCCUGCCUUCUCUUGUACUCCUAGCAUCCUGCAUAGUACCUGGAACAUGGUGGGUGUUAGUAAGAGUUGAUAAAUGUUUAUUGAAGGGUUGCUACUGUGAACUUUCUCUGAUAAUUCUCUUGCCACUGGCCUUUGUUACUAGGCCUUUAAAUAUGGAUUCAGGCUUCUUAACGGUAUUUUUCUUUCUGAUCUCUUCUGCUCCCACUUUUCACUUCUGUGAGGAUGACCCUACACCUCUUUUCUAGCCCUGGCUUUUCUACUGAUUAUAAGACCAUUUGUUUUCAAAGUUGCACAUCACACACCUCCACAUGGAUGUUUCUUUAGUGUCUUAAAUGCUGCUAAAACCCAAUAAACUAUACUAACCUUCCCUUGCUAGCUUGUUCUUCCCUCUGUGUUCCCUGUUUCAGCUACCCACACCCCUCACCUCCCUAGGCUAAUGAGAAACCUGGGAAAUACCUUAAUCUCUUUCUCCCUCUUACAUUCUUUGUCUAAUCAGUAAUCCUUGCCUAUCCAUCUGCCUCUGAAGAUUUCUCCCAUUGGACUCCUCCUUGCCAUCUCCACCUUUAAUCCUCUUGUUUAGGCUCCUGUUUAUCUCUUACCUACAUUGUUUCCAUAGUUUCUUAACUGACCUCCUGUCUAAUUUGUCUUCCAUGCUGGUGUCAGAACUGGCUCCCUAAACCACACAUCUGUUGUUACUGUAUGUUUAUUGCUUGACUAACCUAUUCUCCUUCAGGUAUCAGUUUUUAAAUGUCGCUUUUAAAGACAAUCUGAAAUACAUCUCCCUUGUAGUUCUGUUUCAUGUUCCUUUCCUUAUUGUUGUCUAAUACAGUUUGUAAUAUGCUUAGGUUUGUGCAUUGACUUGUUGAGCAUCUGUUUCCCCACUGGAGAGCUUUAUGUAAGGGACAGGGGAGCUAUAUGUAGAUCCUGUGGUUAGCACAAUGCUUGGGACACAAUAAACCAAAAAACCAAACCCACUGCCAUAGAGUCGAUUCCAACUCACAAUAGUGCUUAAAAAACACUUGUUGAAUGAACAGAUGGACAAAAGCUUAUCAGUGCAGGCAGACAGGAGACAGCACGGGCAGGGAAGUUUCAGGGUCCUGGAGUCUAAGUUCUCAUGGUCUGUGGUCCAUAGUUCUAGCUUUUUGGAGUAGUACAUAAGCUUUUACCUUCUGCCUUUUGCGUUUAUUUCCCUGAAGAUGGCAGUCAACAAUUAUGUUACCCCACAGUCACUCUUUAUGCAGGUGCUGUGGAUGCCUUCUUACCAGAAGAUGGAACCAGGUUUGAUGAUGAAUCAAAGCAUUUUACUGUCAUACUUGGUUCAUGGAGUAGCUUGCAUCUCUGAGGAAAUUUUGUGGAGUAACAGGUCACUAGAUCCUUUUUGUGGUCUAAAAAUGAUCUCUGGGCAUUUUCUCCAGAAAUCUUUUUGGGAAGGAUAGGUCUUAAGCUGGGGCUUGGAAUAAUUAUGGCUCUAUAGGAUCGGGCACUCCUUAAGGUCAGAGGCCUCAUGUUAUAUGGAACCUUCAGUUUGUCAUUUAUCCGGCAUCUUAGGAGCUCAUCUAUUUAAAUUGAUUUUUUUCAGUUAACAGCAAUUGGCCCAAAAGUUCUAAAGCUUAAACAACAAAUCAAAAUUUGUUCACCCAGAGUCAUCAGGAAUGGGUUAAAUUUGAAUCAUUUGGACUGAAUAAAUAUAAAUGAAUGUCUUCAUUUAGUUCACGGGCAAAAUGUAUUUGGCCUUUAAAAUUUUUUUAUCCAUCCACUAACACACAUUUAUUUAUCCAUCCACAUCUAAACAACCGUAUGCCAAGGACUGUACCAGGUAUUUAAGGAGUUAAAGAAAAAUAAGACUUGUUUACUCUGAAGAUAUGUAUUCUAGAUUCUGUUUUAUGUCUUCCACCUGAGCUGCAUAGUCAACUGUCUAUGGGAUAUUUUCAUGUGAAUUCUCAUUCACUUCUGUCUAAAACUGAACUUGUCUUCCACUGAAACCUGUACUUCCUCUUAGAGUACCUUUCUCACCAAAAAUGUAUAGUCAGCUACCUGAUUAUUCAAGUCAGAAAUACAAGAGGCAUCUUUGGCUCCUCCCUCUCUUUGUACCUCUACCCUCAAGACACAAUAUUCGUUCUUCCCUUAGUCUGCUAUUUCUACUUCCUUAACAUCUCUUGAAUCUGCCUACUGCUUUUCACAUCCACUGGCCCUUCCUGAGUUCAGUCACCUUUUCCUCACGCUUGUACUAAUAUAAUAGAUUUCUAACUGAUCCUUCUUCCACUUUGCCCCUCCUGACCCAGAGUGAUUUUUCUAAAGCCCAAAAUCUUGAGCCAUGCUUUGUCUUUCCCUAUACCUGUUGCCUCAGCUUUGAAUGUCCCUCGUAUUAUCCAUUUGCCCCCCUUUCAGGGCUCACCUUCUCUUAGAAGCCUUCCGUGUUUCUUCAAGGCAAGAUUAGAUGUCUCUUCAGUGUACUUCAUCUCUUUUUAUCAGCUAAUUACCAUGUUUGUGAUGGUCUGUUUAUUUGGACCUCCCUACCUAAAUGGAAAAGGUAUUUACUGGCAGGGCUGUGUUGUAUUCAUCCUUGUAUGCUCAAUGUCCGGCAGUGCACCCAGUACGUAAUAUAUUGUCAGUAGACGUUUUUGGAAGAAAUGAGUUUUGGAUCGACACUGUUGCUUAAGUGAUUUGCAGAACUGGUUGAGGAACAUGCCAGAAUCAGUCUUCUUUGCCCAUUAUUUGGGAAGGCAAUACUCAUUUAUGUAUUUAACCCCUAAUUUAAUUUAUCCUCUAAACACACACUUUCAUACUUGGAACACAUGCCUGUAGUAAUAACCAGUGAUGUUGAUAAAGUAUUUUUUUCAUAUUUCAGUUCAUAUGUUUAUGAAUUCUUAGUUAACUUUGCUGCUAGUUGAACUGAGUAUUUGAAUGGCUGUUAAUAUGAAUAAAGUUGGCCUCUGGGAUGACUCUUGCCAUAUUAAUUAAAAAAAAAAAAAUCAUAGGCUUAUGCUGGUGGUACUCAAAUGUGUAUUUUAGUCCCGAAAAAGAAGCGAUUUGGAUCUCUUUGGAGAAGGGAGUAUUUUGGGGCUGGCCUUCUCAACUUUUCUGUAGAGAGAAGUUACUGAAUUUCCUAUAACAUUAUAUGUACACAUAUAAAUUGAUAUUUGUUUUACAAAAUAAAGAAGUAUCUGAAAUGCUCUGAACACAUCAAAUCUUUUUUUAAAUGUAACAGAGCCCUGUUGGCUCAAUGGUUAAGAAAUCAGCUGCUAACUGAAAGGGCAGCAGUUUGAGUCCACCAAGUCGUUCAUUGGAAACUCUAUGGGGCGGUUCUACUCUGUCCUGUAGGGUCGCUAUGAGUCAGAAUCGACUCGACGGCAUUGGGGAGAGGGGUUUAGUAUUUAGAGGAGUUGUGUAGUAAGUACUUUGGUAAAACCAAGACUUCUUUGGUUAUUGUUGUUGUGUUGUUAGGUGCUGUUGAGUUGAUUCUGACUCAUAGCAACCCCAUAUAUGACAGAGUAGACCUGUUCCUAGGGUUUUCUUGGCUUUUAUCUUUAUGGAAGGAUCCCUGGUGGUGCGGUGGUUAAGUGCUCAGCUGCUCACUGAAAGUUAGGGGUUCAAACCCACCAGCCAGUCCACGGGAGAAAGAUGUGGGAGUCUGCUUCCAUAAAGAUUACAGCCAUGGAAACGCUUGGGCAGUUCUACUCUGUCCUGUAAGAUCACUCUGACUCCACGGCAACAGGUUUUAAUCUUUACAGAAGCAGAUGUCCAGAUCUUCUUCCUGUGGAGCUGCUGGUGGAUUUGAACCAUUAACCUUUCAUUAGCAGUCAAGUGCUUAACCAUUUGCACCAUCAUGCUCCUUCUUUGGUUAUACUAGUGGUUUUUUAACUGGAAAUAUGAAUUAGAGUCACCGGUGAAAUUUUGGAAAACUAUGGAUGCCUAGGCUAAGUCCAGGUUUAUAUAUCAUAAUUCCUGAGGGUAGGGUCUACGCUUUUAUGUAUUUGCUACAAAUUCCCCCAGGUGAUUUCUUGGGCAGUCAGAGCUACUUGGCUGUAUAAGCCAGAGCAUCUCAAACGUUACCAUGCAUAGUAGUCAUAUGGAAUCUUAUUAAAACAGAUUUUGACUCAGUAGGACCAGGUGGGGUCUGAGAUUUUUCAGUCCUAACAAGCUUCCAUUUGGUGUCUCCACUGCUGAUCUGUGGUCCAGACAUGGAGCAAUCACCCUGUAAAUCAUAACCCUCUACACUUUUUAAACUCCUCCCCCCCCCCCCGCCCUGCCCCAGUGGAGCAUACCUUUCCCCUCUUCUGUUUAUUUUGUAAGAUGAAUUUCUUGGGCUUCAGAUCCAGUCUAAAAUAGUUUUGUUUUGGAUAUUCUCUUUUAUUAAAGUUUCAAUACGCAGAGGACCAGCCUUUGUCCUUCUCUUCCAUGACCAUCAAGUAUAAGAUAAGCGUGAAUUUGAAAGUAAUUUCUCAUUUCCAAUCUUCCUGUCAGCUGUAAUCCUUUGAGGUCAAACAAAAGACAAAUACAGGUAGAAGCAAAUUCAGAGCAAAUUGCCUCUUAAAAAAAAACAAAAACUCAACCCUCUGAAGAUUGAAAAUGCUUUAUUUGUAUGAUGUGAUAUCGUUAGGAGUAAGCAUGCUUCUCAGUUUUUAAAAGGCAUUAACCGGCAAGUGGUUUUGUUUUUUUGUUAAAUAAUUUUUAUUUUGCUUUAAGUGAAAGUUUACAAACAAGUCAGUCUCUUACACAAAAACCCAUAUACACCUUGCUCCCAGCCCAGUGCCGUCGAGUCGAUUCCAACUCAUAGCGACCCUAUAGGACAGAGUAGAACUGCCCUGUAGAGUUUCCAAGGAUCGCCUGGUAGAUUUGAACUGCCGACCCUUGGGUUAGCAGCUGUAGCUACACACUCCCAAUUACUCUCCCCCUAAUGAGACAGUCUGCUCUCUCCCUCCACUCUCUCUUUUCGUGUCCUUUUCGCCAGCUAACCCCCUCCACCCUCUCAUCUCCCCUCCAGGCAGGAGAUGCCAACAUAGUCUCAAGUGUCCACCUGAUCCAAGAAGCUCACUCCUCACCAGCAUCCCUCUCCAACCCAUUGCCCAUUCCAAUCCAUGUCUGAAGAGUUGGCUUCGGGAAUGGUUCCUGUCCUGGGGCAACAGAAGUUCUGGGGCCAUGACCAACGGGGUUCUUCCAGUCUCAGUCAGACCAUUAAGUCUGGUCUAAUGAGAAUUUGGGGUCUGCAUCCCACUGCUCUCCUGCUUCCUCAGGGGUUCUCUGUUGUGGUCCCUGUCAUGGCAGUCAUCAGUUGUAGCCAGGCACCAUCUAGUUCUUCUGGUCUCAGGAUGAUGUAGUCGCUGGUUCAUGUGGCCCUUUCUGUCUCUCGGGCUCGUAAUUACCUUGUGUCCUUGGUGUUCUUCAUUCUCCUUUGAUCCAGGUGGGUUGAGACCAAUUGAUGCAUCUUAGGUGCUUGCUAGCGUUUAAGACCCCAGAUGCCACUGUUCAAUUGACUUAGAUGUCCCCUGAAACCAUGGUCCCCAGACCCCUGCCCUUGCUACUCUGGCCUUCGAAGCAUUCAGUUUAUUCAGGAAACUUCUUUGCUUUUGGUUUAGUCUAAUUGUGCUGACCUCCCCUGUAUUGCGUGCUGGCUUUCCCUUCACCUAAAGUAGUUCUUAUCUACUAUCUAAUUAGUGAAUACCCUUCUCCCACCUUCCGUCCCUCCCCCCUCUCGUAACCACAAAAGAAUGUUUUCUUCUCAGUUUGAACUAUUUCUCAAGUUCUUCUAAUAGUGGUCUUAUACAAUAUUUGUCCUUUUGCAGCUGACUAAUUUCACUCAGCAUAAGGCCUUCCAGGGUCCUCCAUGUUAUGAAAUGUUUCACAGAUUCCUCACUGUUCUUUAUCGACGCAUAGUAUUCCAUUUUGUGAAUACCGUAAUUUAUCCAUUCAUCCGUUGAUGGGCCACCUUGGUUGCUUCCAUGUUUUUGCUAUUGUAAACAGUGCUGCAAUAAACAUGGGUGUGCACAUAUCUGUUCGUAUAAAGGCUCUCAUUUCUCUAGGAUAUAUUCCAAGGAGUGGGAUUGCUGGAUCAUAUGGUAGUUCUAUUUCUAACUUUUUAAGGAAGUGCCAAAUCUAUUUCCAAAGUGGUUGUACCAUUUGACAUUCCCACCAGCAGUGUAUAAGUGUUCCAAUCUCUCCACAGCCUCUCCAACAUUUAUUAUUUUGUGUUUUUUGGGUUAAUGCCAGCCUUGUUGGAGUGAGAUGGAAUCUCAUUGUAGUUUUGAUCCGCAUUUCUCUAAUGGCUAAUGAUCGUGAACAUUUCCUCAUAUAUCUAUUAGCUACCUGAAUAUCUUCUUUAGUGAAGUGUCUAUUCAUGUCUUUUGCCCAUUUUUUAAUUGGGUAAUUUGUCUUUUUGCAGUUGAGUUUUUGCAGUAUCCUGUAGGUUUUAGAGAUCAGGCGCUGAUCAGAAAUGUCAUAGUUAAAAACUUUUUCCCAGUCUGUAAGUAGCCUUUUUACUCUUUUGGUGAAGUCUUUGGAUGAGCAUAAGUGUUUGAUUUUUAGGAGCUCCCAGUUAUCUAGUUUUUCUUCAGCAUUCUUCAUAAUGUUUUCUAUACUGUUUAUGCCAUGUAUUAGGGCUCCUAACGUCCCUAUUUUUUCUUCUGUGAUCUUUAUCGUUUUAGAUUUUAUAUUUAGGUCUUUGAUCCAUUAUGAGUUAGUUUUUGUGCAUGGAGUGAGGUAUGGGUCUUGUUUCAUUUUUUUGCAACUGGAUAUCCAGUUAUGCCAGUACCAUUUGUUAAAAAGACUGUCUUUUCCCCAUUUAACUGUUUUGGGGCCUUUGUCAAAUAUCAGCUGCUCAUAUGUGGAUGGAUUUAUGUCUGGCUUCUCAAUUCUGUUCCAUUGGUCCAUGUGUCUGUUGUUGUACCAGUACCAGCCUGUUUUGAUUACUGUGGCGGUAUAAUAGGUUCUAAAAUCAGGUAAAGUAAGGCCUCCCACUUUGUUCUUCUUUUUCAGUAAUGCCUUAUUUAUCUGGGGCCUCUUUCCCUUCCAUAUGAAAUUGGUGAUGUGUUUCUCCAUCUCAUUAAAGAAUGUCGUUGGGAUUUGGAUUGGAAUUGCAUUGAAUGUAUAGAUCUCUUUUGGUAGAAUAGACAUUUUUAUAAUGUUAAGUCUUCCUAUCCAUGAGCAAGGUAUGUUGUUCCACUUCUGUAAGUCUCUUUGGUUUCUUGCAGAAGUAGUAGUUUUGUUUUUGACAGACUCUAAAAUGAAGCUUGGCUGGUGCAUAUGGUUAACGCACUUGGCAGCUAUUUGAAAGGUUGGAGGUUUGAGUCCACCCAGCGUCAUCUUGGAAGAAAGGUGCAGUGAUCUACUUCUGAAAAAUCAGCCAUCGAAAAUCCUGUGGAGCACAGGUCUACUCUGACACUCAUGGGGUCACCAUGGGUUGGAGUCAACUUCACAGCAACUGGUGUAGUGUUUAACGGCUCUCAUCUGGUGGUUGGGUAUUUUUUAAAGUAAUUUUUUUUUCCAAAGCCUUCUUCAUUGUGAUUUUUAACUUGAUAUGUUCAGUAUGUAGGUGGAAAUAGUUUUAUAGCCUUUAAGUAACUAAAUUAUCUUUGCUACUAAGAGUUAAGAUUAAUCUGCACCUUACUGGGGUUGAUCAUAGGACUCUAAAGGGAUGCUGGGGAUAUGAGACAUAACAAGAGGUUUGCUGAUACUAUAGUUGUUUUAGGGGCUGUGGGGUGGUAGCACCUAGAUUUGUUUACCUGUUAACAGAUGCAUAGGUGGUGCCCUAGGCAUGCAGGCAAACAGGUAUUUGCUAAGGUUGAAUUGACCCAGAUCCCAUUUUAGCCUUUUGAGUGAUGCAAGCCUUUGUAUCACAUGUUAAUUAAAGUGUUUAUCACUUGUAGGACCUGUUGUGUUUGAAAUGAGCUAUGUAUUUACCUUUUAAAGAUUGAAGAUUUCAAUUGAACAAACUUUAAUUGAAAAGAAGAUGAAGUUGUUUAAAAGUAUCAUCUGGGGACAGAUUGUAGCUUUGGCGGCUCAGUUGUUAAGAGCUACAGCUGCUAAUCAAAAAGUUGGCAGUUGGAAUCCACCAGGCACUCUUUGGAAACCCUAUGGGGCAGUUCUGCUCUGUCUUAUAGGUUUGCUAUGAGUAGGAAUUGACUCGACAGCAAUGGUUUUGUUUGUUUGUUUUUUUGGUUUGGGGACAGAUUAAUAAUAAUCAAGCAUUUAUUUAUUUAUUUAUUUACUUCAGAUUUCACCUGUCUUAGGUUGGCUUGCUUCAUUCAUUCAGCAGACAUAUUGAGCUCCUGCUUUGUGCUAAGGCCCUGAGUUAGGUGCUGGGGUUACAGAGAUGAGCAACACAGUUCCUGCUCUCUCAAGUGCCCUGGAGAAAGAACACAUAAUGACACAGAAGUAGGAUAUUAAGGUACACGGAGAGGUUGGGGGAGGCUUCUCAUAAUUCCUAAAGUCAUUAUUGAGUUGACUUUGAAAAGAGCUAGGCAGGAAAAGUUUCUAGGUACAGAGACAUGAAACCACAUGUAGGUUAAGGGAAGGAAUAUGAGAAGACAAUUGGCCAAAUUAGGAAAGCUCUAUGUACUGUCAGUCAUUUGAGCCCUAUUUUCAGCGUUAGGAGCAGAUGUUGAAGGAUUUUAAAAAGGACUGUCUGAUAGCUUGCAAGAGAUUGUAUUGCGGGGUAGGGAGACUGAUGGCAGGGAAAUCAGUUAGGAGCCAGUUUGUAAGUGAAGAACGAUACAGGCUUAAACCCAGGUAAGGACAUUGAGACUAUAGAGAAGGAUAUGAUAGUUACUUCAGAAGUGGUAUUUUCUGGACAGUGGAGAUAAAGAAGAAAUCUAGUUUGAUUCCCAGGUUUGGGCAUUCUGGCUGGGCAAGUGGGUGGUAUCAUUCUUCCAGAUGGAAGAUGAGAGGAGGAGUACUUUUCCAGGGGGAAAUGUAGAAUUUGAAUUUAGACGUGUUGAGUUUGAGGUGCUUUUGGAACAUCUCAUUGGAGAUACUCAUCAGUAGGAGUAGGAUAUACAAGGAUGGAAGUCAGGAGGGUAUUGCCCAGGGGCUAGAGGUUUAGGAGUCAUUAGCAUACAAGUGGUUGUUGAAGCUAUAGAUUUAGAGAUUACCAGAAAGAGUAAAUAGAGCCAACGUAUUAUACUACUACUCAUAUUCUUUUGGUUUAUUGUGUAAGUUAGGGCAAUGCAUCCCUCUUUCCGUUUCUCAUUUGGGAAAUGAUGCUGGCCAGCAUUGAUUCUCUGUGUGUGUGUGUGCAUGUAUAAAAUAUAUAACAUAUAUUUGAUAUUAUCCUUAACUGAGAAGUGCUGGAUAAUUAAAUUAUAAUUGGAAUAGUAUCAGGCAAUAUGAACUGAUUUAUGUGUCAUAGAGACCUUUUGAGAUGAAACCUAUUUAAAAAGAUUAUUUCAUUGUAAUAGACCCAAUCUAGGCAAGAUUAUAGGAGAAAGACACCUGGAUAAAAUCCAGGUAGAACCUGAUAUAAUCCAUGUGGCAAACUCAAGUGAUUUAGUGUCCAUAACAAAAUUCUAAGGGGAAAAAAAAAGAUGCUAUUAAAGGUUGCACAGGUGAAUGAAAUAUAUUAAUUUUAGCUUGCUGGGAUGCAGUUUUUGGACUGGUGAAUAUUUAAAAUAAGUUAAUAAAAACAUUUCCGUGGUCCUUGCUGAUUUCUUCCAAGUUUUUUUAACCUCCUUUCUGGAGGGAGGGCCUAACAAUUAAACUUUAUCUUGCCAUCAAGAUAACCUUUAGAGUUCAAGUGGAAAUUUUUGUAACCUAGAGACUGAAACGAAGCAGCUUUUUCACCCUACCCAGGACAAUGAAUGCUUAUGAGGGUAUUCAGAAUGAUUUUUUAGAAGUUAGCCCUGUUUGGGAUUGAAGUCGGCGAUAUGAUGGAGAAAGCAUAGGUCUGUAUACCCUUUGAGCUAUCCAGUUUUUUUUUAUUGACUUUUAAAAUCUGCCUUUAAAGGGAAGAAUUCCCUGGGAGACUUUGUGUGUCAAGUUUCAGAAGAGUAAAUUUUAUGGAUGAGUUAUGAACCUCUAAAAACUGGAGUCAGUAAUAGAAAUGCUGAUAGGCCUGAACUAGGAGAGCUGUAAUAAACCAACUUUGUGUUAUUCCCUUUGUGAUCUUGAGUAAAAUGACCCCUCCCCAAAAGCUUUUAAAGUUUACAUUCUAAUGGUUUGAAAAUGGUUUCUUUUCUUGUUAUUUCAUCUUUAACUUAUGCAAUAAUAGGCAUAAAAGACUAAUAUCUGCAUCAAAUAACACAAGACAACUCCUGUAGCGCUGAAUUGUAUUAAAUCAUAAAUUUUAACCCAUUUCAGAUCUUCCCUUUUGAAUAAAUUUAUUUAAGCACUGAUUUUUUUUUUUUUUUUUCCUAGCAAGCCACUAUAUACCCAGUCACACCUCAGUAAAUUACUAAGAAAUUACUGAUAAAGGUAUUUAGGCUUUUGACAGAUGGAUUAAAAACAGUAGAAUGGAGUUUUGGAAUAUCUAUUUUCUGCAUUCAAGGUUUCAUUUAUUUAGUAGCUUUCUUUAUAGUUGUUGAUAUUCUUUUUUGUCCAACAUUUUAGAGAUAAAUUUUGUUUAGAAAUUUCUUACAAGAUUUAUCACUACAUUACCAGUCAUUCCCCUGCCACAUACACUCUUUAUCCAUGUAAUAAUGAAUACUCUGAAUUUAUUUUAUAUAUUUUGUUGAAAAUCAGCAAGUGGUUAUAAAUUAUUACUUUAGCUUUUGCAACAUCACUAGAUCACUGAGAGAUAGAGAAUGGGCUUUUUUUGUUUGUUUUAAUUGAUAUUUUUUCAGGUGGUAAAACCACAGUACUCUGUCAGCUUGACCCAAUUAACAGACUUAAUUGAUGGAAAAGUAAAACCAGCAUCUCUUGAUCUCCUGGUUUGGUGUUUUUCGGGUAGAGCCAACACCUAAGUAUGAAGUUUGUGGUAGGAAAUAAUACUAGGUUCCUGUAAGCAAAUACUGGAAGAAGGUUGCCAAGCAUCCUGCAUAAAUAUGAUCUUCCCACACCGUGGGGCCCUGCCCUAUUAAAAUUUGUGUCUAGAUAGAUACAAAUCAAUCUUGUAUUUGAACUUGGCCUAGUCGCUUUUGAUAAACCACUAGCAUGUCAUCACUGCUGUGUAGUUUUAUAUGAAUCAGCUUGGCAAUGCAGUGUUUGAAAAGUAAUUUCUAACCUUUUUAGCCGAGGUUUUUAUUUAGAGUCAAGGUAGGGUUUGUAUGUCUGUCUUUAAAAUUCUCUAAUUAGCUUUUACUAUUACUUUCAUAUAUAUAUAUAAAACAUCUCUUUCAUGUAUUAUCAACCCGUCAUCCAACGUGUGUUUUUCAGAUCUGAUCUCUUCUUUGAGUUUUACUUGUCUGUUUCCAGCUGCCCAUGUAACACUUAUAUUUCCUUGUUUAUUCAUUCACUUAUUAUAUUUGUUAAACACUUACUGUGUGCCAGACCCAGACAGCCUAAAACUUAAUAUGCCUAAGACUAAAACUAAAUUCAUUAUCCUGCUUCAUUUUGCCUAUUAGACAGACUUCAGGGUCCCAUGUCUUCUGUGAAUCUGUUCUUGACAGCUCCAACCCACGGUACCUCCUUCUCUGAUGAACUCAACACUAUCUCGCCAUUUACUUUUCAUUCUUUGUGUCAUUAUUGCAUUAUUAUUUUCUUACAUUGUCCCUAUGAUUGGACUCUAUGCCCUUUGAGACCAAAGGUGGAUAGCAUGUAGGGUGACAAGUGAAUGGAUAACCAAGCCCGUCCCUAGUCUCCCUAGCCUCUCAGUGCCCACCAGUUCUGCUUGCUUGCUCUACAGUGUUCUCUUCAUGUCCUACUUUUACUGGUCUGGGAAUUCUCUUGCUCUCCUCUUGACUCUUUCUGGUUUUAUUAGUAUCUUCUCUUUAUGAAUAUUGUGUAUGAUUCUUAGAGACUUUUAGGCUAAUUUUAGGGGCAGAAAGAUGUGACUUUUCCACUUCUUUCCUACCUCAGGAUCCAUUUUUAAAUUCUGUCUCUUUAUAAUUAAUUUUUAACAUUUAUAUUCAUUUAUGCACAUAUGUAUUGAGAGUCUGUAUCUUCAAAACAAUAGUUUGGAUAGAUAAAAAAGGAAUUAACCAGAUUUGUACUUUUGAUAGAGAAUAAAAAGAAAGAAAAGAAACAUUGUCAAGUUCACAAAUCUGAAUUUUCUUCCAAGACUGUCUUUACCAUGCUGCUUUGACAAGUGGGAAUGGAGCAGGCAGAAGUGUAAAUAAUUCUUAACAUCAUGCUAGGUAAUUCCCUGCAAAUUAAGGCUUAGAGAUUUCUUUCACCAUUUACUUACUUCAUUUCAUCACCUGGCGUUUCGUAUCUACCUUCUUUUGAGCCAUAAUCCUGUUCAAUCAUAGAUGAAGACUCUAAAGACGUCGUGUAACCUCAUUUUAAAAUGGAGAGGAUUGAGGUAAGUAAUUGCACAAGGUCACACAUGUAGUUAGUGAAGGAGUCAGGCAUAUUACUAUUGUUAUUUUUCGUAAUCUAUUUUAUUGUUGUUGAGAAUAUACACAGCGAAACAUACACCAACUCAGCAGUUUCUGUACAUGCAGAGCUCUGACAUUGAUUACAUUCUUGAGUUGCACAGCCAUCCUCACCUUCCUUUUCUGAGUUGUUCCUCCCCCAUUAACAUAAACUCACUGCCCCCUAGGGUUCCUAGGAAUAUUAUUUUAAUAGGUAAUAACAUGUACAUAUAAAAAAAAAAUUAAAGCAGUAGAAAAAGUUGUACUGUGAAAGGUAAGUUUUCUUCCUUCCCCAUCUUGCAGCCUUUCCAUUCCCUUCCCCACAGGUAACCAGUUAUAUUUCCUGUGCCUUCCAAAGUUGGGUUAUUAUAUAACUGUAUACGUUUCCCUUUCUUCUUUCUAUUUACUACAGUGCCUGUCCUGUGGACAGUUGCUUUUUGUUAAUGUGAAUGAACAGAGUAUUAAAUUAUUCUUAUUUUCUGGGAUAUCAUAUUGUGUACCACGUGCAAAAUAAUUUAGUUUUUCACAUUUCAGAAAGAAAAGGAUCAUGGUCAUUGAUUUGAUGAUAAAUGUUGAAUUUAGAAGAUAAGUGAAAUGUAUAUAGUAACUUACAACUAGUUUAAAGACAAAAGACAAGCUGAUUGGGAUAUUUUUUCCAUUUGAGAAAGAAAUAGCCAAGGAGAUUUUCAGGGAAAUCAUUUACCUUUAGACUUAUAUAAAAAUCUUUAUGAUCUGUACAAAAUAGUUCAGUAUCUCAGGACCAGUAAAAAGCAAUGAUGUUAUAAAUAUUAAAACACAAAUAUUUAUUUUCUAAUUUUUUUUAUGCUCCAUCCUCUUUUGCAAAUCACAGAAAUAAUCUUGCAUUUGUUUCUCAAAACAGUUUGUAACCAUAUGUUUCAGUCUCCUUCAGAUGACUGAUGGUCAUCUGUGUAAAAAACGUGCUCUCAGUUUUCACCAUUCUACCUUUAUUUUGGCCAAAUUGUUUUUUAGCUACUAAUGAGACCUAUUAGAACUGCUUGAUUUUAGGUAUUAUGUACCAGAUUAUAUCGCAAAAGACGACCCCAUUAAAAAAAAAUGUCCCCUGCCAAAAGGCCAUGAUAGGACUUACAGAAGUUAAGUAUUUAUCUUUUAUUUGUACUGUAGAAAAUUAGUAAUCCUUUGUUCUUCCUAAAGAUGGCAGUACCUCUCAAUGUAUUAUUUACUGGGUAAUUCUGUUUGAAAAUAAUAUCAAUUAUAACUCUAACCACUAUUGGCUGGAGAAAAAUAAUCAGACUAAAAGUAUUUUUUCGUAACACUCUCACAAUAGUUAAAAUUUAGUCGUAGAAUGCUGAAGUUUGUAUCCUUGCGGUUCCUAGCACUACUGCUGCUUUCGCGUUUUUUAUCUUCAACCCUGGACACAGGGUUCUUACUGCAUUCUGACUUUGGAAUUCUUGAACUCAUGUUAUGACCUUGCUGUAUUUAUAGUGAUGUUA